AUGAAAUUUGAGUUGGAAAAAUUGAGGUAAGCAUUUUUACUCUUUUCCACUUGACAUAAAAACAAGUCUAUGGGAACAUGGAGAUCCAUACAUUCACAUCAGCAAAAAGAAGAGGAAAUGCGUUUAGUGGCCGUUAUGUGUGGCUUGUAGAACAGUUUACGAAAUCCUAUAAGGAGGAAAAAUGGAAUGGAUCAAGAACUGAUAUGUUAAAACUGUAAAGGCAGGAAAGCCAAAUAAAGAGAGAUACUGGGAGUCCGUUGCCCACAUAUACUGGUAAAUAGACAGCCUAGAAGUUUGGCCAGAGCAAAGAUGAGAAUUCGUGUUAUGCAGAUAUGGGGCUUUCUGUUGACUGUGCUGGGCUGGAUCUUUGUCGCUUGUUCCAUGGCCAUGGAGGGCUGGAAGGUCACUUCUAUCGGAGGGCAAGGAGGGAGUGCCAUCAUCAGAGUGGCCUGGUACUGGUCCAGCCUGUGGAGAGCCUGCUUCACAGACUCCUCUAACACAUCCAACUGCUACGACUUCCCAGUGCUCUGGUCUGUGGAAGGUUACCUCCAGAUUGUGCGGGCUUUGUUGAUGUCCGGGAUGGCUGUCGGAAUGCUGGGGAUCAUCCUGAGUCUUGUGGGAAUGGAAUGCACUUAUAUCGGAGGCAAAGACAAAGAAAAACACCGAUCUGUGUUCAUCGGAGGUUUCUGUCAUGUCAUAAGUGGUAUGCUGGCUUCCUCUGGUUAUGCAGUAUAUGCUCAUUAUGUCUCUGUAGAGUUCUUCGAUCCCAAAUUUGAUGGAUUGCACUUUGACUUGGGAAAGCCAUUGUUCCUUGGAUGGUCAGGAUGUGCUUUUCAGAUUACUGGUGGAUUUUUCUUCCUAGUUUCAGUUUGCAAGACCUGGUCUCCGGUGAACAGCAGUGCACCAGUUCCUGCCGAGGAGGGCAAAGCCUUACAUUCAUCCCACACAAAUAUUUCCAUUGUCUCUGAACUUUCCUCAAAGUCCAAAGAAUCAACAAUAUCGGAACUCUCGUCAAAGUCUGAACUAUCAGCUGUGUCAAAUGUUCCAUCUAAGAACAGACAUAUCAUAAGAACUGGACGUUCCUCAAGAUUCAGACCCUCUGAGAAAUCAAGAAGCUCUGUGAAAUCUGAAGUGUCUCAAUCGUUGCGCUCUUCAUGGUCCUCAAGGUUGAGCAGAUCAGAUGUAAACAGCAGGAAAGUGUCUUCUGGAGUCACUACACAUCACUUCAGCAAGAACUCCUACCUCUGAGAUAUCUAAUACGGGCCACAGGAUCUGGAAACACAGAGUGAUUACAUGAAAUUGACAAAAACAAUGAUGUUGGGGAUAAGCAGAACUCCCCCUAAUGGAAACAGUGUGCUGGAUUCAUGCUUGUAAAUUAGCUUGCUAACUUGAUGUUUGAGUGGCGCUGUGCAUUCAAUCCAUCUUAUUUAAAAAAAAAAAUUCUGAAGCAAAUAUGACAUUUCUUCAGAGCCUUGCUAAGGGACAGAAAGGUUAUAACAGUGGUCCUCAACUGGUGGGAUCAGAUCCCAAAUAGCACACGUGCGUCUCCGAUAUCUCUGUUUCAGAUCUUUUCAUCUGAAAAGCAUCACAAUCUAAGUAACAUCUAAAAAAGAUCAGAUUUACAAACAUUCUAAAUCAUAAACGUCUUAAAGACAUCUGCUGAAAGGUCUUAUUGACAUUCGAGACAAAGUAAUUGACAUGCGUCAUAUAGAUGUAUUGCAGAUGAGCAAACAACGUUAAAAAACAUUUUCCAGAUGUAAACACACACGUCAAAUAGACUUCUGGCCGAUACGUACGUGUGCUAUCAGAGAUGCUAAAUGCUACCAAUAAAAUAACUAUAUGAUCAAGCAGUAAAAUAAACAGGCUUUCCAACUUUAAAAGGAGGACAAAAGCUUCAUGUCUUUUGAUGUUGAUGUCAAGCAAACGGCAAACAAGCUCAAAUCAACCCUGAGAGCACACUGGGUACAUCACCCAGAUGUCUAUUUGAUGUGAGUGUUUACAUCUUGAAAACAUAUUUUUUAGGUUGUUUGACUUUUCCUCUCGGAUAUCAAUAAAUCAUUCAGCAGAUGUCUUAGAGAUGUUUAUGAUUCAGAAUGUUUGUAAAUCUGAUCUUUUUACACUAAGUAUAUAAUUUUUGCACUGCUAACGCCACCGAACAUAAUAGAGUGGAACAGUGUCCACCCACUUUUUCAGCUGUCUAGGUUCUAGGAAGUAUUUUCUUCCAUAGACUUUUAUACCUUCAUAAAAGAGUUGUGAGCAUGAACCAAACCAACCAGAAUCACAACAUAAACAUAUGGACUUAAAGACAAAGGUACAAGGCUGUGUACUUACUGUCUUUCAUGAGGGCACAAACUACAAUCCCGUGAAGCACAUUGACUGAUAUAAUUAAAUAAAAAACGCUACAACUAUUGAUUUUAGUUGUUGAUUGUAAUAUUUGACAUUUAUUGCAAAAUAUUCCGAUAUGUACAAAUAUAUAAGUAGUUUAAGGGUGAAGGGAAACCGACUUGAUUAGGCCAUUCACAGUGCAUCAUGGAAGUGGGUGGUCGUUCCGAGGCAUGUUUCGCGGAUUUCGUUGGCCAUAACUCUCUGAUUGGUGGAUCAUUCUCUGCUGUACCAUGGGUAAUGUAGUUGUUUGCCAUUAAUUCCACUAUCAAACUCGAUUUUUAAAUAAUGAAGUUAAAAUAAUGCAGACCAAUGGCUUGAGCUCAAGGUAGGUCUGUUAUAUCAAUUUGUCUAUGAGAUAAAUUAAUGGGAUUUUUACUUCUGUUUCAAAUAGCUUUUUGAAUAUGCCCCCCAUCUGCCAUUGGUCAAACAAAGGGAUAGUCCCACCCCAAACUCACACCAUUGGUUGACUAACGUUGUUGAGGCGUGUCUAAGCGGGUCACUCAAAACAAAUUUUCUAAGUAACACAGGAGCACGGUGCUUAUAGUUUUUUGAUAAAAUUGAUCUAAGCGUGGCUUAAUUAUAGUUGUCUCUGCAUAUUAAGCUGGGAUAGGAGAAAGUAUUUAACACAGAAAUAGUAACAUACUUCAGCUUUAACUUGGUAAUAUGGCUAAUCUUUAUACUUUUAAUAGUUUGUUCUAUGCGUUAGGCUGGUAACACAUUGGUGAUUUUUUUAUGUAUUAACAAAAUAGUCAGUUUUCCUAUUCAGCUUAUGACAUGUUCAUAUUUUGCAUAUUGUUAUGCCUAAACCAUUCAUGGCAAUAUUACUGUAAUACAUUUCAAUGUUUGAUUUUAAGGAUAUUUUGGUCAAGCAUGGAUUUUGAGAGUCUGGCGUUGACAUUGAAGAAUAUUUUUGUAUGAUUUUACACUGCUUUAUGUGGUUGACGUAAUAAAAGAUGACCAUAAAGGCAUUGAUGACAUCUGAAAGUUCAGUAUGAUAGGACUUGCACCAUAUUUUACCCUUUGAUUUUACGUUCCUUUACAUUCUUAUGACUUCUUAUGUGUUGUGAAGUCUAAAUAAAAUAAUAAUAAUAAUAAUAAUACAAAAUCCCAUCCUAUAUAGGGGACUUGACUUGAUCUUCUCCAGUGUAAUGCUGGUAAGGAUAUCUAAACAAGUUGUAAAAGUGUCCUAUCAUCACUAUCAUAGGUGCUCUAGUGGUAAAAUACUUGACUGUUUUCCAUUUAGGUUCCUGCUUUUUGAGCUGUAUAGGAGUGUCAAUUGUUAUCUGACUGACAUCUGGAUUUUCUGUGCAGUUGACUCAUCUUUUAGUUUUUAUAAAGUGCUAGUUC